GACACAGGUUCGUUGGAAGUUUCAUCAUUUGCAUUGUGGCAUAUAUUGUACUGGGAGAGAGAGAGGUCUAGAAAAGGUGACCAACAAACCUGAUGACGAUCAUGCUUUGUUUACGUGGAGAGAGAAGGAUAACACAUUACAGCAGCUCUCAUCAGAUACUGUUGGUUGGGGAGGGAGAUUUCUCCUUCUCUGCUUGCUUAGCCAAGGCUUUCCGCUCCGCUACAAACAUGGUCUCCACUUCCUUGGAUUCUAGAAAAAUGCUUUUGUUUAAACACCCAACAGCAAGGGAGAACUUGGACGUACUGGAGAGUCUGGGUGGCGCUAUUGUGCAUGGAAUGGAUUCACAUACCAUGGUGCAGCAUCCUUUCCUCAAGGAUAGAAAGUUUGACAGAAUAGUCUUUAAUUUUCCUCAUGCGGGCCUUAUCUACCCGUCUGAAUGUGCGCAGGACCAAAUUAAGCUUCAUCAAGGGGUGGUGAAAGGUUUCUUUACAAAUGCACGUGAUAUGCUGACAGAAAAGGGAGAAGUUCACGUGACACAUAAGACAACUCAUCCUUACAAUAAGUGGGAGGUGGAGAAGCUAGCGGAAGAGGAGGGACUCUGUUUGGUUGAAGAAGUAGGUUUCUCUAAGAAGAACUAUCCAGGAUAUCACAACAAGAGAGGUUAUGGAAGGAAAAGUAACCGGACUUUUCGAGUGGGAAUGUGCAGCACAUUCAAAUUCUCUUUGUCAAAGUCAACAAAACAGUCCGAUAUAUAAUUAUAGGCCUUUAUAUUGGACUACAAGAAAUCCAACUUCUUCCCCCAAUUAUAUUAUUCUGGUGAAAAAAUGAGAUUGUGUACAAGCUAAGUGCAUCUUGG